GCGAGCGUGCACACAUAGCAAGCUGCUGUAGGAAUUUCUUUAGCUUUCUCGACCUUGGGCGCUUCCAACCUCAUUCCUCAACAUGAAGGCGUUAAGCCCGGUGCGCGGCUGCUACGAGGCGGUGUGCUGCCUGUCGGAACGCAGCCUAGCCAUCGCGCGGGGCCGCGGCAAGGGCCCGGCAGCCGAGGAGCCGCUGAGUCUGCUGGACGACAUGAACCACUGCUACUCGCGCCUGCGGGAACUGGUACCCGGAGUCCCGCGAGGCACUCAGCUUAGCCAGGUGGAAAUCCUGCAGCGUGUCAUCGACUACAUCCUCGACCUGCAGGUGGUCCUGGCCGAGCCCGCCCCUGGACCCCCGGACGGCCCGCAUCUUUCCAUCCAGACAGCGGACCUCUCUCCGGAACUUGUGAUCUCCAACGACAAGAGGAGCUUUUGCCACUGACCUGGCCGUCCUGGCGCCUCCAGAACGCAGGUGCUGGCGCCCGUUCCGCCUGGGACCCCAGGACUCUGGCCGGAAGCCCAAGGGCAUGGAUGGACCCCAGCCUCUCCCUGCCCACUUCACUUCCCAAACCCCUGCCUCGAGGCUGGACCUGGUGCCCGGGAGCGAAGGACUGUGAACUUAGGUGGCCUGAAGAGCCAGAGCAAGCUCUGGGCACCGACUGGGCAACGUCACCCAGCCCCACCCCACCCCCAAGUUCUAAAGACUGUCAGAGUGUGGAGGGGUGUGUGGUGGGGGGGGACAAUGGCUGCUCCAAACUCUGCCAAGGCCAGCAGUAGAGCUGGCCUUCUGGUCUCGGAAAAAGGCUGUUGCCCCGAUUAUGAACUCUAUAAUAGAGUAUAUAGCUUUUGUACCUUUUUUGCAGGAAGGUGACUUUCUGUAACCAUGCGAUGUAUGUUAUUAAACUUUUUAUAAAAGUUAACAUUUUGCAUAAUAAACGGUUUUUAAA